AAUACUUGAUACCCCCCCGAUCCAGGUCCCGCGCCCGUACAACUCCGUACGCCGUCUCACCGCAAGACACCCGGCUCCCACAAAACAACUACAACAAGCUUCAAAUCCUUAUUCGGUACCGUCAUUCGUUGGUUAAUCAGUCAACAUGUGUGGUAUCUUCGGUUAUAUCAACUACCUAGUGGAAAAAGACAGGAAGUACAUUCUAGACACACUCGUUAACGGCCUUUCCCGUCUCGAGUACCGCGGCUACGACUCUGCCGGCCUUGCCAUCGAUGGCGACAAGAAGAACGAGGUGCUUGCCUUCAAGGAGGUGGGCAAGGUUGCGAAGCUGAAGGAGCUUAUCGACAGCCAGAACCUCGAUCUUGAAGAGACCUUCGAUUCCCACUGCGGCAUCGCUCACACUCGCUGGGCCACCCACGGUCCCCCUUCGCGUGUCAACUGCCACCCGCACCGUUCUGAUCCCAACUGGGAGUUCUCGAUCGUUCAUAACGGGAUCAUCACGAACUACAAGGAGCUCAAGACUUUGCUCGAGGGCAAGGGUUUCAAGUUCGAAACCGAGACCGACACCGAGUGCAUUGCCAAGCUCGCCAAGUACCUCUACGACCAGCACCCUACUGUCGGCUUCACUGAUCUCGCCAAGGCCGUCAUCAAUGAGCUCGAGGGUGCUUAUGGUCUUUUGAUUAAGAGCGUUCACUACCCUCACGAGGUCAUCGCUGCUCGCAAGGGUUCGCCCCUCGUUAUCGGUGUCAAGACUCAAAAGCGCAUGAAGGUCGAUUUCGUCGAUGUUGAAUACGCUGACGAUCAGCCCCUGCCCGCUGAGACUGCCUCCCAAAAUGUCGCUCUCAAGAAGUCCGCGGCUGGCCUUCUUUCUCCCAACGGCCUUUUGGGCGCUGCCGACAAGUCUCUGCUCCACCGUUCGCAGUCGCGUGCCUUCAUGACCGAUGAUGGCAUGCCCAUGCCCACCGAGUUCUUCCUCUCUUCGGACCCGUCCGCCAUUGUUGAGCACACCAAGAAGGUCAUGUACCUCGAGGACGACGAUAUCGCCCACAUCCACGAGGGCUCUCUCAACAUUCACCGUCUGAAAAAGGCCGAUGGUAGUUCCAACGUCCGUACAAUCCAGACGCUUGAGCUUGAGCUUCAGGAGAUCAUGAAGGGCAAGUUCGACCACUUCAUGCAGAAAGAGAUUUUUGAGCAGCCCGAAUCCGUUGUCAACACCAUGCGUGGUCGUCUCGACGUUGCCAACAAGACGGUCACUCUCGGUGGCUUGCGCAGCUACAUUGACACCAUCCGUCGCUGCCGUCGCAUUAUCUUCAUUGCCUGCGGUACCUCCUACCACAGCUGUAUGGCGGUUCGUGGUAUUUUUGAGGAACUGACUGAGAUCCCUAUUUCUGUCGAGCUAGCGUCUGAUUUCCUCGACCGCGAAGCACCUGUCUUCCGUGACGACACCUGCGUCUUCGUUUCUCAGUCUGGUGAGACCGCUGAUUCGCUUAUGGCGCUCAGGUACUGCUUGGAGCGCGGAGCCCUCACCGUUGGUAUUGUCAACGUUGUCGGUUCUUCCAUCUCCAUGAUGACUCACUGUGGUGUGCACGUCAACGCCGGCCCUGAAAUCGGUGUUGCUUCCACCAAGGCCUACACCUCCCAGUUCAUUGCCAUGGUCAUGUUUGCCCUGUCCCUUGGCGAGGAUCGUGCCUCCAAGAAGGAACGUCGCGAGGAAAUCAUGGAGGGUCUUGGAAAGAUUAGCGAGCAGAUCUCGUCCGUCCUCACGCAGGAUCGGAAGAUCAAGCAGUUGUGCGAGGAGAGGUUCAGGAACCAGAAGUCUCUCCUGCUCCUUGGUCGUGGAAGCCAGUACAGCACAGCUCUCGAAGGCGCCUUGAAGAUUAAGGAGAUUAGUUAUCUCCACUGCGAGGCCGUCAUGAGUGGUGAGCUGAAGCACGGUGUACUGGCUCUUGUCGACGAGAACCUGCCCAUCAUCAUGAUCUUGACCCGCGACAAGCUCUUCAGGAAGAGCUUGAACGCCUACCAGCAAGUUGUCGCUAGAAAGGGCAAGCCCGUCGUCAUCUGCAACGAGAGCGACGCUGAGUUCCAGACCAGCGAUGCCGUCAAGAUCGAGAUCCCCAAGACCGUCGACUGCCUUCAGGGUAUCUUGAACGUCAUUCCUCUGCAGUUGAUCGCCUAUUGGUUGGCCGUUAUGGAGGGCCUCAAUGUCGACUUCCCCCGAAACCUUGCCAAGUCGGUGACUGUGGAGUAAGGGAUAAAUGAACGGGGUUGUCGAGCGAUCGACUUAUGCACGAAGAGACGUACGAGACAAGGAAGACAGGUCUUCUGUUGAUGAGCGGAUUUUUGAUAUACCUAUUUGUAAUAUACAUUGUGCUUUGGUCUAGGUGGGCGUGGUGGAGUAUUCUUGCUGGCUGGGAAGCACAUCAACAUCUGACCUGAGAGAAAAGGAAGAAGGAAAAGGCGAAAAGCCAAGGUGCGUCGGGGAGGUCGAAAGUGAAACCCAAAAUCAAGGGAGUCGGUGGGAUGGAACAAAUGGAAUCCGGGAUAUUGUGCUCAUGGUUUGAAGCGUUACUUGUUACUUAAUCUAUCGUCACA